AUGUCAACACCACAAGCAGGACCUUCACAUAUCCAAGCUUCUCCAUAUCCUCCGCAGGCGCAAAUAGGAGGAGGAGGGGAUAACAAAAGAAGAGCAGAAGCUGAUCCGGAAUCAGUAAGGAGAUUGAAACACCCUCGUCCACCACUUCCUCCCCCUCACGUCUUACAGUCUCUCGUACCUGAUUCUCCAGCAUUUACCGACCUUCUCAAACUCGAGCAGAAACUAGAUUGGACACUAUUGAGGAAAAAGGCAGAAAUCAAUGAUGCCCUAGGCAGACCCACUAGGGUGAAACGAACUUUACGAGUUUUUAUAUCAAAUACAGCUCAUGAUCAAACAUGGCAAAAAGAGGCAGCUGCUCCGCUCACUGAGGACAAGAAGGAAGAAUCGUCAGGUAUACAAAAGGAAGGUGAUGCGGAUGUGACCAUGGGCGAGAAUGCUCUUCCCGCACCAGUACCUGUAGAACAAAACAAGACCGAAGCUAUUGGGGAAGGUGUAGAUGUCAACACAGGCAGAGGAGUUGCCGGAUGGGUAUUGAAGAUUGAAGGUAGAUUGCUUGACUAUGGUAACACAAGACUAGACAAAACCAAGAGAAAGUUCUCGACAUUCUUGAAAAGUGUAGUAAUAGAUUUCGACAACAGAGAAGCUCCUACGUUUCCAGAAGGCAACAUCGUUGAAUGGCACGCACAAAACCUUACACCUGCAUUGGACGGAUUCGAGAUUCUUCGACGUGGUGACAGGAAUAUCAAUUCCAGGAUCAUCAUUCACCUUUCACAUUAUCCUGAACGAUUUAAAGUCUUGCAACCUUUGUCUGAUUUAAUCAGUAUGAAAGAAGGUACAAGAGCGGAAAUAAUAAGCUCUGUAUGGAAAUUGAUCAAAGUUGGUGGUGCUCAAGAUAAAGAAGAUUCCACUGUCAUUAGACCAAUCAGCGGCUUAGAAAAAAUAUUCCCUCCUGGUCAAGAAGGUAUACCGUUCCAUCAAUUACCUGAAAUGGUAACCAGAUUCCUGACUCAUCCUGAUCCUAUCGUCAUCCCAUAUACUAUCCAAGUGGACAAAGAUUUCAAUUUCCAUCCUAAAUGUUUCGACAUACCAAUCGAAGUUGAAGAUCCGUUAAAAUCCAAGAUGUCCCUCUUGGUUCAGAGCUUCGAAGGUAAAGAAGGUAAAGAAAUCGUACAAUUAGAAGAUAAAGUAGGGGAAUUGGCUUAUUUCGCGAGGGAUGUUAAACAAAAGAGGGAUUUCUUAGAAUCAUUUGCAUCCAACCCGCAAGUAUUCAUACAAAACUGGUUAGCUGCUCAAGCGAGAGAUUUAGAUCAAAUGUUAGGAUAUCAAAUCGGUACUUCUGGUAUCAAUGGCGGAAGUGUAAGAGAGGAAGAUUUAAGAAGAUCAGACUUGUUCAGUUUACCUUGGGUAGACGAAGCUGUUACAAUUCAUGAAUCGGCAAGGAUGGAACAGGAGAGGAGAUCAAAAGCUCAGAGCCAUCACAGGUAG